UGGAGGACUCCCAGCCGAAGCCGAAGCCUAAGGCCAAACCGGCUGGAUCUCUUUACCCUCGGCCUUGUCAAGCGUCUCGUCACUGAACGUCGGGCGAUAGAAUCCGUAGACCGGGUGGUAAGACCUCAGGGUCGGGACCGCGUCAUGCUCCGCCUCGAACACAAUCCCAUCUUCUUCAAGAUCCAUCUCUUCGCGGAUCUCGCCCUCUUCGAGCUCAUCCUCCAGGAUCUCUCCCUCCUCGAGCUCCAUCUCUUCAUCCUCCAUCCCUUCAUCCUCCUCCAUCUGGACCUGGACCCCGAGAGUGUCCACCCCCUCUUCCUCUUCCUCUUUCUCUACAACCUCAAGCCCCAUCUCAUUCUUUUCCUCCACCUUAACCUCCACUUUAACCUCCAAUUCAGGUUCCUCAACCACCAUCCUGACCCCCAUCCCCUCCUCCUCCACCUCCUCCUCCACUUUAAUGACUGGAUCCUCAACCUCCACCUUAACCCCCUUCCCACCCUCCUCCAAAUCCUCAAUCCCCGGCCCCCCCAAAGGAAGCCCAUGCACCCGGAAAAGAUGCAACUCCCAGGAAAGCUUCCCGUAGAAAUGCCGCCCGCAGCGCCCGCAGGUCUGCGUCUUGGGCCCGUGGAUCACCCGAUGAUGCCGCCGGAGGUGGCACAGCGACGGAAACACCCGCUGGCAGUGCGGGCGCGCCCACCCCACCGGCGACAUGCAGACGAACCGCCCGGGCUCCUUGUGGAGGCAGCGGAUCGGCGUGCCGGCGUCGUAGCCCUUGCCCGAGGGGCAUUUGGCGGGCAAGGUCCGGAUUUCGCGCGAGAGGGUGAGGAUCUCCGGGGGUGGGGGGGGAGGGGCGUUUUGUUUGGGGGUGCGUUGG